CGCGGACCCUUUUCCUUUCCCCUCUCUCCUCCCCCUUCCCACGUCCUCACUUGGCGGCUGGAGUCGGUGUGCUGAGUCUCUUCAGGCAUCUCGACAGGCCGUGCUGGGUCUGACCCGAACCGGACGCGAUGAUCCAGGGGUUUCAGUGGCUGCUCGUCUCCGCUGUGUUGCUGGUUCGGGCGGGGGGGAGCCCACCGCCAUCAGUGCCGCUGGAUGAUGUGGUGGUGGAGAGCAAGUUCCGACCGAAGGAGUGCGUCCGGGCGGCUGAGCCCGGGGAUUUCGUCCGAUAUCAUUACCUGGGGACACUCCCCGGGGGAGAGCAAUUCGACUCCAGCUAUAAUCGUGGCUCCACUUACAAUGUGUUUGUGGGUAAAGGCCGACUGAUUGCUGGGAUGGAUAAAGCUCUGAUUGGGAUGUGUGUGAACGAAAGACGCUUCAUAAAAGUGCCACCUCACCUGGCCUAUGGUGAUGAAGGGAUGCCUGAUAAAAUCCCACCUGAUGCUACCUUGUUUUUUGAUGUAUUGAUGCUCGAUAUUUGGAACCCUGAAGAUAAAGUGAAAAUUGAAGUUCACUAUAAACCUGAGAACUGUAGUCGUGUUGUACAAGUGUCUGAUUUUGUCCGUUAUGAUUAUAAUGGCACUCUCCUGGAUGGUACAUUUUUUGACUCCAGCCACACUCGACAGCAAACCUAUGACACCUACAUUGGAAUUGGAUGGUUGAUUCCAGGCCUGGAUGAGGGGCUGCUGGGUAUGUGCAUGGGUGAGAAGAGGACAAUCACUAUGCCACCUUUCCUGGCAUAUGGCGAUAGAGGGGAUGGAAAAGAUAUUCCCUCACAAGCUACUCUAGUCUUUCACGUGACUUUGGUUGAUUUUCACAAUCCUAAAGACAGUGUUGCCAUUGAACAGGAGUUUGUUCCAGAUCCCUGUCUCAGGAAAACCAAAAAAGGAGAUUUUGUGAGAUACCAUUAUAAUGGCACACUUAUGGAUGGCACAUUGUUUGAUUCAAGCUAUUCCCGAAAUCAAACUUACAAUACAUACAUAGGGGAGGGCUACGUUAUUGCGGGGAUGGACGAAGGAUUACUGGGCGUGUGUGUUGGAGAGAAAAGGACAAUUAUAAUUCCACCUCACCUGGGAUAUGGUGAAGAAGGAAUAAGUGAAUCUAUCCCUGGCUCGGCUGUUCUAGCUUUUCAUAUCCAUAUGAUUGACUUCCAUAACCCAGCUGAUGAAAUAAAGAUCAAGACCUACCACAAACCCACCAACUGCACUGUCCUGAGCAAGAAAGGAGACUACAUCAAAUACCACUACAAUGCAACAUUGAUGGAUGGAACAAAAUUAGACUCUACACACAACUAUGGAAAAACGUACAAUGUUGUUCUGGGUUCUGGUCAAGUGGUCGUAGGGAUGGACAUGGGUCUGACCAAUAUGUGUGUUGAAGAGAAACGAACCAUCAUUAUCCCACCUCAUCUGGGUUAUGGAGAGAGCGGAAUUGCUGGAGAGGUACCGGGCAGCGCUGUGCUCAUCUUUGACGUUGAGCUGGUAGAACUUGUCUCAGGUCUUCCAGAGGGCUAUAUGUUCGUUUGGACUACUUCACAAGUGUCUCCUGAUCUCUUCCGAGAAAUCGACAAAGACAAAAACAAGGAAAUUUGUCUAGAAGAGUUCUCCGAAUAUAUCCUCAUGCAAGUGGAGAGUGGACAGGGGAAACUGGCCCCUGGUUUUCCACCAGACAAAAUCAUAGAGAACAUAUUUUCCAAUCAGGAUCGGAACGGAGAUGGCAAUAUAAGUGCAGAUGAGUUCAAAUUGAAGGAAGAGGAGACCAAUCAUCAUGAUGAACUAUAAGGUCAAGUGUACACAUCUAUGUUGAGUGGAAAAGUAAAGAGUUAACCUGUGGUUUGUUGGUUGGGAGGUAGGUUUUGCCCAUUUCCCAUUUUGGAACUUAAAUAUAAAACUUAAUUGGUGACAUUGAAAGCCCUGAUUUGAAAUUUAUAUUUUGGAUGGAGGAGUCACUCACUCCUGAGCGUAGUUGAUCCAUGGUGUUUCACCUUUAAACAGUGUUCUUUGAAUUUUAGUCUAUCUUAAUAAGGAGAAAUGUUUCCUCAUCUUAUACGCUCCAAAUUUGUUUUACCUGAACUAUUUUAUCAUUUCACGUGCAGUUCAGAAACAAUCAACAAUCACAACUUUGUGCCAAAAGAUUUAAAUUUUCCAUUAGUAUGUAAAAGCAUAUCAUGCAGCUUAAUUAUAAUUUUUUUUAGUCUGUCAAUCAAUCAUUAUUCAAUGAGAGGCGGUCAGAUAUUAUAUCCUGAGUGACCAGGAAUGAUUGCUAGUAUGCAACACAUCAGUAGAAAGCAGAGACUCAGUGCCUUUGCCUAACACAUGACUUAAGAUGCAUAAUUUUGUUAGAAUUUACACGCCCUCCAUCCAUAAAAUGAAUGUAGGGAGGAAAAGCAUGGUAGCAGUUGCAAUGGGUCUGACUCUGUGAGGCAUUUUCUCAAAGUAGGCACUUGUAUUCAGCUUCCUAAACUUAGUAAAUGAGUAAUGGAUGUAGCCUUUAAAUGAUGGUAUGCACCUCCAACAAUAUAAGUUCCCAAAACUGGAUCACAACCUGCAAUGACCGACUCGUAUUGCUCGCAAUAUCAACUAUGAAAUCAUGAUUCAGGUGAUACAGUCCGUCAAUCAGCUGUGAGCCCAAAUUGACGUACACAUGCAGUAAUUUCUUUUUGCCUUAGUUCAAUGGAUGCAGUGUAAUGAAUUUGGCUUGAUCACGGUCUACAGAAUAGUAAGUGAAUAAAGCAUUGAUGUCAGUU